CCCAGGGCUGCUGGCAACCCCAGCAGCCGUCCUGUGAACUGACAGCAUGGAUGACAUCUACAAAGCCGCGGUAGAGCAGCUGACAGAAGAGCAGAAAAAUGAGUUCAAGGCGGCCUUCGACAUCUUCGUGCUGGGCGCGGAGGAUGGCUGCAUCAGCACCAAGGAGCUGGGCAAGGUGAUGAGGAUGCUGGGCCAGAACCCCACGCCCGAGGAGCUGCAGGAGAUGAUCGACGAGGUGGACGAGGACGGCAGCGGCACGGUGGACUUCGACGAGUUCCUGGUCAUGAUGGUCCGCUGUAUGAAGGACGACAGCAAAGGGAAAUCCGAGGAGGAGCUGUCUGACCUCUUCCGCAUGUUUGACAAAAACGCUGACGGCUACAUCGACCUGGACGAGCUGAAGAUCAUGCUGCAGGCCACGGGCGAGACCAUCACGGAGGACGACAUCGAGGAGCUCAUGAAGGACGGCGACAAGAACAACGACGGCCGCAUCGACUACGACGAGUUCCUGGAAUUCAUGAAGGGUGUGGAAUAGACCCAGCCUUCACCGGGAGCCGCCCAGGUGCUCCGACCCCGGUGGUGCCGGGGCGGGGCCGUGAGGGUCAGCCCCCCUCGCCCCACCCUGGAUCCCUCCCCGGGUGUGAAUAAAGCCUUGCCCCCCAGUG